GGACUGUGAGCACCGGCCUGGCUGCCCGGCGCCCCAGGGUCUCUGCCUGAAGGGGGUGCAUCUGCAAAGGCUCAGCCCAUCCAGCCCCCUCAGAGGUGGGAAUGGAGCGAGCACCUCCGCUGGGAGUGGCUUGACCCUCCUGCCCCUGGUCCCUGCGGGUGCCAGGCGGAGCAGGGAGGACGUGCCCAAAGCCAGCCAGUGAGCGAGCCGGCAGGCUCCUGCCCCGCCCCGCCCGCCAGAGAGACUGCAGCACUGGGAAAGCUCCACCCGGGACUCCGACCCACACCAUGGCGGCUGUGGCGCCUCUGCGCGAUUGCCAGGCGUGGAGCGAUGCUGGACUCCCACUCUCCACCACGAGCAAUGAGGCCUGCAAGCUGUUUGAUGCCACCCUGACCCAGUAUGUAAAGUGGACCAAUGACAAAAGUCUUGGUGGCAUUGAGGGCUGCCUGUCAAAGCUCAAAGCAGCAGACCCGACCUUUGCCAUGGGCCACGCCAUUGCUAACGGCCUCGUGCUGAUUGGCACCGGGACCUCUGUGAAGCUGGACAAGGAGCUGGACCUGGCUGUGAAGACCAUGGUGGAGAUGGGCAAAACCCAGCCACUGACACCACGGGAGCGGCUUCACGUGUCUGCAGUAGAGACCUUCUCCAAGGGGAACUUUGCAAAAGCCUGUGAACUCUGGGAGCAGAUUCUGAGAGAUCACCCCACAGACAUGUUGGCCCUGAAGUUCUCCCACGAUGCCUAUUUUUACCUUGGCUACCAAGAACAGAUGCGAGACUCUGUGGCUCGCAUUUAUCCCUUCUGGACUCCCACCAUCCCCCUCAGCAGCUAUGUGAAAGGCAUCUAUUCCUUUGGACUGAUGGAAACCAAUUUCUAUGAUCAGGCAGAAAAGCUCGCCAAAGAGGCCUUGUCUAUCAACCCGACAGAUGCCUGGUCAGUGCACACGAUUGCUCAUAUUCAUGAGAUGAAAGCCGAGGUCCAGGAUGGGCUGGACUUCAUGCAGCGCUCGGAACCCCACUGGAAGGAUUCUGAUAUGCUAGCUUGCCACAAUUACUGGCACUGGGCUUUAUAUCUGAUUGAAAAGAUCCUCCCCAGCUUGCAGUCCAGCGGGGCCAUGCUGGAUGUGGUAGACAGCUGCUCCAUGCUCUACCGGCUCCAGAUGGAAGGGGUGGCUGUGGGUGAGCGGUGGCAACACAUCCUGCCGGUGACCCAGAAGCACAGCCGAGACCACGUCCUGCUGUUCAACGACGCGCAUUUCCUGAUGGCAUCCCUGGGCGCGCAGGACCUGCAGACCACAGAGGAUCUGCUGACCAGCCUGCGGGAGGCCAGCGAGUCCCCAGAAGAGAAUUGUCAGCUCCACCUGGCUCGUGAUGUAGGGCUGCCUCUGUGCCAGGCCCUGGUGGAGGCCCAGAAUGGGUGCCCCGACCGUGUGGUGGAACUGCUCCUGCCCAUUCGCUACCGCGUCGUCCAGAUCGGAGGCAGCAAUGCCCAGGAGCCUGACCUGCCCACUUGGCCUUCCAGAGAGACGUCUUCAACCAGCUACUGAUCCACGCAGCCUUGAACUGCACUUCAGACUCCCACCGGAACGUGGCCCGGAGCCUUCUUAUGGAGCGCGAUGCCUUGAAGCCCAACUCACCCCUGACGGAGAGGCUCUUGCGCAAGGCUGCAGCGGUCCACCUCCUGCAGUGAGGCCAGGAACUCCCUCAAGGUCCCCACAUCCACUAGCCCUUGCAUAAGAGUAGUAGUUAGAGGCCAGCCGGCAGGCCUGGUAAAAGGUGAUCUUCAGCAUCAACACACAAAGCCCUGUAAGCCAAAGCUUUCCAGAAAGGGGGCGCAAUCCUAUUUUACGUGCAGCUCAGAAUCUGCUCAUCAGGGACAAAUACUGUGUAAGCCAGAACUCACAUGGUGCCUUGCAGGUUGCCUUUUCUUAGGGGAAUCUUCUGCCUUCUGGUGUUCAAGGGGCAGGAGGCUGGCUGGGCCAGAGGAAUCACACACAGCCCCUGGGACCCCACCCCUCUUCCAAGUGCCUUGAAAUGAGCUUUUCACUGUGUCUUCUCAUCAUUCUAAGACAAGAUGAAUCUAGAGUGUCAAGGGGUUUGUUGUCCAGUUUUUGGAUGUGGGUGGUGAUAAGCCUAGUCCUCUCAGGCACCCCCAUCAUUCAUGGGAGAAGGGCCCCACCUCACUGCCUAUGGUUGAGUUUCUGACUGUCUCAUGGGGGGAAUGCUUUUGUCAGCUGGCAAGAAGUCUAAAUUUCCUGGGAGGGUGUGGUGGGGCCAGUUAGGGCUUGUUUAUUCCAAAACACACAAGGCAAUGGGGUACUGGCUAUACAUUUCCUCUAGCAACCAUAGAGCCUGUGUGCUUGCUGGGCAAGGGGGAUGAGCUCAGGGGUUGCUCUGUUGUGGCAGAAACCAAAGCACUGUGACAUUUGCUUAUCACGAUGUGACAGGCCUGAGCCCGGAGCCCAGAGAUAGCUCACCCAUAUGAGACCCUUAGGCCAAGCCUUGGAACCAAAUGGGAACAUGUGCAUGGCACCAGGGGAGCUCUGUGGAUGGUGGAAUGAUGCUGAGGUGUCUCUCUUCUUUUUCUCUCAUUUCUCUCCUCCCUAAAUAAUGAUGAUGAUGAUGAUGAUGAUGAUGAUGAUAGUAAUAGGCUUGGCUGCUUGACAGAAUCACAUAUGCAUGAGGCCUUGAGAAGCAUUCCUUGGCUUCUCACUGAAAAACAAAGACCUGAAUCCGCUGUGUCUCAGCCAUCUGAGGUACCUGCCGACCCGCAAGACUGUGCUGACUCAGAUGAGCUGGCUCCUUAUGUAGGAAGUCACAGGGCAAGGCAGGAGCAGUGUCCUUGGGUCAAGGAAAGACUACAUUCCCUUGAUUUAAUUGUGAUUAAAAUAAAGUCACUUAUGGGUG